AUGGAUAAAUUAGUUAUCAAAAAGCAGUGGUUUAUCACAUCUCAAUCUGCAGAUAUUACCUCAGUCUAUGAAUUUGAAAGAGAAUUAGGAAGUGGCGCCUACGGAAAAGUAUUUCUCGGCAGAGAAAUCAGCACAAAUAUAUACAGAGCCAUAAAAGUCGUUCAAAAAAAUCGUGUCAAAGAUUAUGAUACCUUUUGCAAUGAAAUUGAUAUCCUGAAACAUCUGGAUCAUCCUAAUAUUGUAAAUAUUAUUGAAACCUAUGAAACAAAUCGACUAUGCUAUUUAGUUAUGGAACUUUGUCAGGGCGGAGAACUCUUUGACCGCAUAACGGCUCAUAGGUAUCUAGACGAAGUCCAAGCAGCUGUCAUUAUGAGGUCUUUGUUUUCAGCUAUUAUGUAUUGCCAUGACCAUGGUGUCUGUCAUAGAGAUUUGAAGCCAGAAAACUGUGUUUUUGUAUCUAAUGAGCAGAACAGCGAUUUAAAAGUUAUUGAUUUUGGGCUUGCAAAAGUUGUAGAUGAGUAUGAAGUAAUGCAUUCUCUUGAUGGAACCCCUUAUUAUUUAGCUCCAGAAGUAAUAGAGGGAAAUUAUUCAAAAGAAGUGGACUGCUGAUCUCUUGGGGUAAUUCUUUAUAUUAUGCUAACUCCCCCCCAUCCUUGAUCGAACGAUUGACUGUAAAAAUUCCCUAAAAAUUGGGGAAAUUAACCCCCAUCCUUGAUCGAACGAUUUUCAUAUCAUGCAAAAUUUUUAUAUAUAUAUAAAAAAUAUAAUAGUUAUCAAAAGCUUGGGAAGAUGUACCUAAUGAAGUUGUUUUCAGAGACUUUGAGACGAUAGAAAGCUUCGGAAUCAACCAUUCAAAAGUAAUUUAGUCAUCAACAUGAGCUUAAAAACUCAAUAAUCUAAUAAAAUAGAGAUUUUUUAAAUUUUUAAAAAAAAAAAUUUUAAUUUAAUAAGUAACAAAUUAAAAUUUAUACAGUUUAAAGGGGUAACUAAUAAAUUAAAAUAUAAAAAAUUGGUAUUUUUAUGAAAUUAAUUCAAUUUUUUGCUGUAAAAAUAAUAAAUACUCUUAACCCUCUUAUUUAAAAGUAAAUAAAAAAAAAUUUAUAUAUAUUUUUUAUUUUAUGUAUAAUUUUUUUAACCCCCAUCCUUGAUCGAACGAUGGCGAGUCGUUCGAUCAAGGAUGGGGGGGAGUAAGUGGAGUUCCUCCAUUUAAUGGGAGAAAUAACGAAGAAGUACUUAUGAACGUUUUUAAUGGCAACUACAGCUUCAGACCUAAGCAGUUUUCUAAAGUUUCUGAUAUGGCAAAAGAUUUGAUAGCUAGACUUCUAGUGAAGGAUCCGUCAAUCAGAAUUACUGCAAAACAAGCUUUUACGCACCCAUGAAUUCAAAAUUUGGCUUCAAAUCAAUCAAUACCUCUGGAUCCUUAUGUAUUUAACGGAAUUCAGUUGUUUUCUCAUGCUCAAAAAUUAAAAAGAGUUACAUUGAUGCUUAUGGCCUCAAAAUUAUCCGAAAGAGAAAUCGAAGUUGCCAAAGAAGCCUUCAAAAAGAUUGAUAUGAGCGGUGACGGAAUGAUCACGCUUAACGAAAUGGAGCAAGGCAUGAGAUCGUGCGGAAUACGAAUCGAUAAAGCCUCUAUAAGCAGUGUAUUCGAAAUUUUAGACUCCAACCAAAAUGGAAAAAUUGACUAUAUAGCCUAGAGUCUGUUAUUGAUUGCCCAGUGCUAUACGAUGCCGGCACAACUGGUGGAGUUAGCUCGGGAAUCAUCAAUAUCCUGGUCAAUUCCACCAGUUUGCAAGUGAAUCUUAUAUGGCCACUUGUCAAAUGGACUGGCCAUAAAACUGAUGUUGCCCGAGCUAACUGCGCCAGCUGUGCUGGCAUCAGAUAGCCCUGAGCGAUCUCAAGCAGGCCCUGGGCUAUACAGAAUUUAUUGCUGCUUGCAUAUUUAACCAAUCAUUCCAAGACAGCGGACUAUUAAAGACGGCUUUUCGAUAUUUCGAUAUAGAUGGAAGUGGUUAUAUAACAAUUGAUGAGCUGAGAGAAGUUCUAACUGGAGGCGACAUAUCAAUUACAGUGAAUCCAGCAGACCUAGCUUCAAUGAUCCGUGAAGUAGAUAAAAAUAGAGAUGGAAGAAUCGACUAUAUGGAAUUCAUUGAAAUGAUGAAUCGAAAAGGAUAA